AUGGGUUCUCUGGUAGCUCAAGUUGCCAAGAAGAAAGCAAUGUGGCUGUGUCCAAAGGUUUUGGGUUCUAAUCCUUCCGAAAGAUGGGGGCACUCUGCUUGCUUCUCCAAGGGGCUUAUGUAUGUCUUUGGGGGUUGCUGUGGGGGACUGCAUUUUUGCGAUGUUCUGACUUUGGACCUUAACAAAAUGGUUUGGAGCAAGCUUGCUACGACGGGUGAAAAGCCAGGGCCUAGAGAUAGCCAUAGUGCUGUCCUUGUAGGGCAUAAAAUGAUAGUGUUUGGUGGCACAAAUGGCUUCAAGAAGGUGAAUCAUAUUCAUAUAUUGGAUCUUGUUACUAAAGAGUGGGUUCGCCCUGAAUGUAAAGGGACUCCUCCUUCUCCACGUGAAAGCCAUACUGCCACACUCGUUGGUGAUGAAAGAUUAGUGAUAUUUGGUGGUAGUGGAGAAGGCCAUGCUAAUUAUUUAAAUGAUUUGCAUAUUCUUGAUCUUCGGACCAUGAAUUGGACUUCUCCUGAGUUGAAAGGUGACUUGCCUGUCCCUAGAGACAGUCACAGUACCCUUGCAAUUGGGAACAAACUUAUUGUGUAUGGUGGAGACUCAGGUGAUCAAUAUCAUGGCAAUGUUCAUAUGCUUGAUAUGGCAACAAUGACUUGGACUAGAAUGACAAUUCAAGGUUCUCCACCAGGAGUCAGGGCAGGUCAUGCUGCUGUGAAUAUUGGAACAAAGGUCUAUAUCAUUGGAGGAGUUGGAGAUAAACGGUACUAUAAUGACGUUUGGAUCUUUGAUAUCUGCACUUGUUCAUGGACGCAACUUGAUAUACGCGGUCAACAGCUGCAAGGGCGAUUUUCUCACACGGCUGUUGUUGUAGACAUGGAUAUUGCCGUAUAUGGCGGGUGUGGGGAAGAUGAACGUCCUCUCAAUGAACUGUUAGUGUUGCAGCUAGGAGCAGAGCACCCAAAUGGACAUUACCACAUUCCCAUGUGCAAACCUUUUGGAACUUACUGGAAUCAAGACAAGAAGAUUAUCACAGGAGAAGCAGAUACUAACUCGGUACUGAAGUUGAUGUAA